AUGGAUCAAAGAACAAAUUAUUUAUCAUUGAUCCUAUUGGAUGCCCUGGAGGAUGAAAAUGAAAGUGAUAUAAAUUUUAUAUUAGAACGCAAUAGUAAGGCUAUUGAUCCUUCAUAUGUUCCUCAAGACAGAGGCAUUGCACCGCUGCACUAUGUGUGUGGCAUGCAGAAUGAGCAAUUGGCCAUAGAUGUUACAAAACGUUUCUUGGAUAUGGGAGCUGAUCCAAAUUGUCGCAGUGAAGAUAAUAUGACUCCUUUGCAUGUGGCUGCCAUGUAUGGAAAAGAGGAAAUCGUACGUUUGUUAUUGCAACAUGGUGCUGAAUUGGAAGUUUAUGAUGAUGACCGAAAAACACCAGUUUUAUAUGCCAUUGAUGAAUGUAACUUUGAGGUGAUUCAAAUAAUGAAAGAUUACAUUUUUCUCAAAAAAUACGAAAAGAAAAAGGCCAACAAUUCAACAAUACUCACAGAAUCUAGAUUUGAAAAUUCUUUACAACAAAGAGUAUUAAAUAAUAAUAAAGCCACAACCUCAUCAACACCACAAAGCACACCAAAUAAAAUCAAUGACCCAAAGUUGGCAAAACACAAAAAUCUAUUGAAAGUGACAAAUUCUCUAGAUGAAUCGUUUGGUCAGGGUAGCGAUAAAAACAAGUUUACACCAAAUCGCAUUAAUUACAAUUAUGAUGUUACCUCUCCAUAUUAUAUAAAUAUAACCCAUAGAAGAAAUAAACCUCAGCCGAAAUUUCCCGACUACCCGCCAGAGGACACCAAAGAAAAGCAACAACUCGAGAAUAGUGGCUCUAUGGAGGAGGUACUAUCUAUUUCAAUGCAAGAUAUUAACUUGUCUUCACCCGAACCACCGGAUGCUGUAAAUAUUUUCUCCUUAACUCAGGAAAAUCUAAAAGAACUUACACAGCGUACAGCCACCUGUGAAAGAUCACGCUUGUCUUUAAUUGAAACUUGGCGGGAAAAAGUGCAAAAAUCACGAGCCCGCCAAUCUAUAUUAAAACAAUUUGAUGACAUUGUGGAAAUGAUUGACCAAGUAGUUGAAAACGAUCAUUUAAAUUUCACUAAUACAGAAUUGAUAGAAAAAUCUCCUGCUAAAGAAGCAAAACAACAACCAGAUAUUGAAGUUGACAGUGGAGCUUGUGCCUCAACCUCAUCUUCUCUUAUAGAUACAACUGAAUAUCAUAAUUUACCCACAUAUAAUAAAAAUCAUGAAACUACCGAAACGUUUGAAAGAAAAUCUCCGCCAAAGCCUCAAAUGAGUUUAAGUAAAUUGCUACAAACGGUGGCUGAGGCUAAAAUACAUGAUUUUGAAUCAAAUCAUUUAGAAAUGCCUAAAACACCUUCACCGCAACAAAAUGGAGAUUUGGAAAGUAGUUAUCAAACUGUACCAGAAAUUGUGAUUGCCUCACCAAACGAUGAUGAUGAUCAACGGAACCCACAAGCUAACAACACAACCUCCAAUUUCAUAAGAUCACCCAAAAAUAAUGAGUACUUUUUGCAAAUGACUGAAGCUUAUGUCCAUACAGAUGAUGAAAAUGGUUUGGUGUUUUACGAAACUAAGCUACUUAGUAAUGUGGGCAAUAAACAGGCAGAGCAGAGGAAACAUUGUACUCCGAAAACUCCUGGUCGAGAUUUAGACAGUACAAUGACUAGUCAAUCUACAAAUUUGACUAUACCACUGGAUUAUGAAACUGAUGAAUUGAGAAAAGAACUAACAGCAUUUGGUGAACCUCCGGGACCCAUUACAAAAACCACCAAAAAAUUAUAUAUCAAAAAGCUUAUUAAGUAUAAACGGAAAACACCAAAACUGCUGAAUCCUAAAGAAAAUGUAAUUAAAUUUUCAGUUGAACUGGAGAGAACUCUAAAGUCUGAAGAGAAUUUCCAACUAAUUAAAGACUACAUAAAAUAUGAAGCUGUAUCUAUGGAAUAUUUCGAGGGUAAUAUAAACAAGAAACAAAUGCGUGAAGGUCACUUGAAGCAAAGUUUCAUUUAUAUGCUAAUAGAUCCUCGCAUAUCGUGUAAUUUGCCGGGAGAGAGUGUGUUUUUAAACGAAUUUGAUGUUUGGCAAAGGUUUUUAAAAUCAAUAUUCUAUGUAGGCAAGGGUAAAACCGUACGACCCUAUUCUCAUUUAUAUGAUGCCAUGAAGAUCCAUUCACGCCUACACAAUAAGCAGCUGCAUGAAAAGACUGAUAAACAAGGCAAAAAGAUAUCAAUUAAAAAACAACCUUUAAAUGUUGAAAGUUUUAAAUCACCGCCUCAAAAAUCCUCAGAUAGCAAAAAAAUUGAUCGCAUUUUAAAUAUUUGGGGCAAUGGAAAUGGUGUUGUCUGCCUUCAUGUCUUUCAUAACAUUCUGCCCAUAGAUGCUUAUACUCGCGAAGCUGCCAUUAUAGAUGCUUUAGGUUUACAACAUUUAACAAAUUGUAAACGUGGCGAUUACUAUGGUCCCUCUAAAACAUGGACUAUGAAAGAGAAAAAAUAUUUGGGUAUAGCUUUGCUUUUCAAAGCUAUGCGCAUGUAUUUAGCUGAGGGUGAAUCCCAAUUAUCUCCAAGUGAUCUUAUAUAACGGCACACCUAGCAACCUUAGAUUAAGUUAAUAUUUGUUUGCAUCCUUUUGAUCUCAGUGUAUUCAUGUUUCGAAGUGCUUUAACUCUCUUGGGUUUCCAACAACUUUAAGUGCAAACUAUAGUAAGUAAAUCGUGUAAUAUUUGUUUUGCUUUAAUUAUAUCAAUAAUAAAUC